AAAAGAUAUAGAGACAUGCAGUUUUAAUCUUUUCAUAAUUUUACUGUUUAGUUUUCAAAUUCAACAUUUUGGCAUAUUUUAUUCGCGAGUUUGUUAGCUCUACAUGCAUGGAAAUAAUUGAUGAGCCCGUAAUGAUUGUCGCCGAUUUCAAGUGUGACUCCUCCGAACUAAACAGAUUGAGUGACCACGGAAAAUUCUGUCACGCUAGUCCUAUAACGACAGUCCCACCACAUUUUGAUUUUCUGAAACAUAAAACUCCCUCACCUUGAUCAAGCUGCAAUCGAAAAUUGGUCUGAAAAAUUUAGCUCCUUUACCAAAACGCACUACAAUUAAAACAAAGCAAAUAACAAGAAAGGAUGCCCUGUCGUUUCACGCUUCGUAGGCCCCGGGUCUCUGUGGAUAGUCACGCAAUGUGUUUGUUGUGUUGAUUGCGUGACUUGACGUAACCGACCGUGAAUGAACGCAUGUAGGACUCACGUCGUGACGAUUGCUCGCCCUAAUUUCUCGCCGGUGGUAUUUUUCGCUUCUUUUAUUGCCCGAAACAUCCAGGCAGCCAUGUUAAGCUGGUUGAAAGGCGAAGAAAAACCGAAGGUAGACACGAGCGAAUUUCACACGCCCGAAAGUUACCGAGGUUCUGAAGGUCCGCGUUACAAGGUUCUCGAACACAAAGAUGGUUACGAAGUUCGCUUGUACGAAGACUCCCACUGGGUCAAGACAAGAUUUGAGGAGGGGAACUUAGAAAACUGUUCCAGUACUGGAUUCUGGCGGCUGUUUAAUUACAUCAGGGGAGAGAACGAAGCUGGCAAGAAGAUUAGCAUGACUGUCCCAGUUGAAUCCCGAGUGGAACUCGACGACGAAGGGCAGUGCAAGGUCUUCACUAUGGGUUUCUACACCCCAGCUGAGCACCAGGCCGACCCUCCAGUCCCAAAAGAUAAAACGGUUUUUCACGAGAAAGUCGAAGGACGCGUUAUGUACGCGUUGAAUUUUCGUGGCUUCGCCAAGGAUAAAGACUGGAGGGAAAACGAAAAGAAGCUGAAAGAGCUGUUGGACAGGGACGGCAAGGGAUAUGUGAAGAACAUGUACGUCGCUGCCGGCCAUGACCCGCCAUUUAGGCUCUUUGGUCGCCAUAAUGAAAUAUUGCUGAUGGCAGAUCCUCAGCCUUCCUUAGAAGAGAUAAAGCCUAAAACAGAAGAAGAAUCUGCUGCGACAAGCGAAUAAAAAGUUACGUAACCAACUCGAAAAAGCGGCCGUGAGCCUUUGAUUUUCCACACCUCAAUGAUCACUGAUCUUGCUGCAGAUGUCGCAGUACAACUGAAAGAUGUCUUUGAUUUUGGAAUUAUUAACGAUAUUUAAACUGUGCAACUGAAUUGACUGAUUUCUCACAGGAAACUAAACUUUUUAAAACAAGAAAGGUGGUAAAUGUCUGAAAUGUUUUAUGGCUAUCUUUGUUUGAUUUUUUGUUGUUAAAUAUUAGGAACUUUUCGGUGUCCAGAAAAUGUUAUUGUAUCCUUUUGGAAUAGUAUCAAAAGGUGAGGAAACACUUUAUUUCCUGUAGAUAAUAAUAAAAUAAGGAGAAUUAAACUGAGGUGUAUAGGGAGAUUAUUAAUAAUGAGACGAAAAAAAAUCUAAAGGUUUAGUUUAUUCAAAGCUACAAAACUGCUAUGCAUGCAAAUGAAAACUAAAUUAUAGAUCAAUCAGUUUGAGGUACAAUAA